GGGAAUUUUCAACCUUAGUCUAGGGAAUUGUUCACCUGCACUGGGAACACUGAUAGUCACUCACCUACACAGUCACUCAGAUACAGUGGUGAUGAGCGACUGGGUUGACGUCCAGGUUGUGGCGUAAUUGAGUUGGAAAACUGCUAUUUCUUAAGACCUACAAAAUGGAUCAUGUCAAGGCCAUCCCCCUGGUGGUGGGGCUGGUGAUAGUGGUGGGUACAGCUGUUCUUACCAAACUCUACCUCUCCAAAAAGCGAGGUCCUCCUCGUACCCUCCAGGACCCUGGUGUCAAGUACCCACUAGAGCUGACUGAACGAGAAGAGAUAUCCCACGACACAAGGCGCUUCCGCUUCAAGCUGCCAUCUCCUGACCAUAUUUUAGGCUUGCCCAUUGGUCAGCACAUCUACCUCUCAGCCCGCGUCGACGGCCAGCUGGUGGUGCGUCCAUACACUCCAGUCUCUAGUGAUGAGGACAAGGGACACAUGGAUCUUGUUGUGAAGGUCUACUUCAAGAAUGUCCAUCCCAAAUUUCCCGAUGGUGGUAAGAUGAGCCAACACUUGGAGGCAAUGAAGAUAGGGGAGACAAUUGAUGUACGUGGACCUUCAGGCCUGCUGGAGUACCGAGGACGUGGCGUGUUUGCCAUAAAACCAGACAAGAAGUCGCCACCGAAUUUGAUCACAAGCAAAAAAGUCAAUAUGAUUGCUGGUGGUACAGGGAUCACCCCCAUGCUUCAGUUGAUGCGUCAGGUGGCCCGUGAUGAGGGAGACAAGACACAGUUGGCUCUCAUUUUUGCCAACCAAACUGAGGCUGACAUCCUACUGAGACAUGAGCUGGAGGAAGUACUAGCUCAGCACCCAGACAAAUUCAAGCUCUGGUACACUGUGGAUCGUCCAGAAGAAGGAUGGAAAUACAGCAGUGGAUUUUUGAGUGCAGAUAUGAUCUCAGAGCAUCUAUACCCUCCCUCUGAUGACACCUUGAUCCUGAUGUGUGGGCCACCUCCCAUGAUCAACUUUGCCUGCCUCCCCAAUCUGGAUAAACUGGGUUACUCGCCCAGUAUGAGGUUUGCUUACUAGACAUAGUAGAAAAGAUUCUCAGUACUGUGUGCUCAAGUGAGCCCAAUGACUAUAGAUGCUAACCCUUCAAGAUCCAGCAACUGACAGCUUAUUUUGAAGAGUGUUAAGUUAAUAAUUUUAUUUGCAGUAAAACUAUUUAUUGAAUGCAUUUAAAUGCAUAAUAAUAUAAAUAUAUACAGUAUAUAUAUAUAUAUAUAUAUAUUGAAAAGAUUCAUAUAACAAGAACAUAUAGAAUUUUUUUUAGGUAAACCCAUUAAAUUAAAGAACAGGGUAAAAUAUAAGUAAAGCACCAGGCUAACCCCUCCAAAAGGUUACUCAAUCAGGUGAAAGUUACAAAACACUGGCAAUUGGACCUGCAUCAGUUUUGCACUCUGGUUGUGUGGCAAGUCUUCACAAAGUUAACGGUGUUGAAUAUCAUUAAAUUUACCAGUUGUAGUUAGUUUGAUUUAUUGUGGUAAAAAGCAUGAGGUGAUUAGGUAAAUGCAAGAGUUUGUUCAUUAUUUUAGUGUGAUUUUUAAGUACAUGUGUUUGUGAAUAACUUAAUAUGUCAGCAUUGUUCCGUUUAGGAGUUCCCUAUCCUGAGUGUUGUCAUCUGCAUACUAGUUUGGCUCUUAUAAAGUGAAACAGUCAUCACUUGUAUAAAAACAAAAAACAAAAACAGUGCAAUAAAGAAUUACAGUAAUUGAAAGGAAGGAGAAAAAAAAAGAAUGAAUAGAAAUAAGACAGAAUAGAAGACAAUGAAUAACUAAACAGAGUACAAUGGAGAUCAAGCAAAGAGGCAUUUGAGGGUUGUUGUGUGAAUAUGGUCUAGAAGAGAAAGGACACUCCUCAUUGUAGAACUAACCAAGUCAACCAAUCUUAUGUUAUUUAUAGCAGAUAUAAAUGUAAAAUUAAAGUAUCGGUAAUAUAUAUGUCUCGGGUGAAAAAUACUCUUAAUAUAUAUUGAAGUCAGAUCAUAUAUUGGAAAGAUUACUGUACUGUACUGUAUAUAGUCUUGACCUGGGUGUUGUGGGGUAGGAGAAGAAAUUGUUUUAACAAGAAGUAUUUUAUCUAAAAUUGUUUGAUAGUUAAGGUUUGAAGCGAGUUUGUUCAUGUUUUUCAGACGUGUGUGCUGUACAGGGUAUUAUAAUAUAACUGUGUGGAAGCUUUAUGCUUUUUAUAUUUUAAGUAGAAGUACUUAGGAGCAUUAUCUGAUCUGCUUUGGAAUAUACGUUUUCAUAGUCUGUAGUACAAGUAUGAGCAUUGUUAUGUCUUGAUUUUGUCAUUUUUCACACACUUAAAACAUAUCCGGGUUUGUAACUAUAUUAAAUCGAUCCGAUAUGAGACUUCCUUUCUUGGUUCUUCCCUAACCCUUACAUUAAGAUCCUUUGUGGUUUUUAAGAAUGAGUUACUUGGUUUGACUUACAACCUAGCAAAAUUUAACUUAAGCCUUAUGAUAUUAGUUUAUUUUUAAUAAAUUUCACUACUGUAUAUGUUUACUGGGUAAUAUAUAUUAGGCAUUAGAGACCUUAUUUAUCUACUGUACUUGUAUUGCCCUGGUGACAGUGUAGGCCAUAGUUAAACUAGGUUGACUAGUGUGAAGCUUCGACAAACACUAAUCACUAAUUAUCAGAGGCUCUGCAAAUCAGUGCUUGAACCACUGUGAGCUAUGCUGUACAAUGGUCUUGAUCAGUAGCUUCAGUAACAUAAUUCUUGAAGGAAUGAAGUUAAAAGACCCACUAAGGUAAAUGUGAUAAGUGCUUUUACAGUGCAUCAGGUUAUACAGUAACUAAUGCUUCCAUUUUUCUCAGAUAGCAAGACAUAAAAUAUGACUUGAGGAAAUACUGGAUUCUUAUAGCAUUAACUGUUAUUAUGAUGCACUGCCACCUCAUCUUUGACUCAGAAGUUCCUAAAGGAGUUCCCAUUUCUUGAGGGAAUGCCUUUCUGAAAACCACUUCCUUGAGUAGUUAACCAUAGAUAAGAUCUCACUCCAUGACUAAUUUCACAUCGCAAGUCAUAUGUCAGCACCUCGAGAAACAUUUACUGAAAAAUUUCACCUGCUGUUAAACUAUCACAUAUGAGAUAUACUUCCCUCUUUCCAGUGAUGCUCUCAUAUAUACAAAGCACUCGUCACCUGUAAUACUCUUGUCUCUUGUUUGUUAAGCCAUCACAUGUAAAACACUUGCUACUCCUGCACUGACAAACAUGAAUUUUCGGAAAGGUUCAAGCAAGCCUCCUCAAGCAUAUACAUUUUCACAAGUAGAAUAAGAAAAAAAAAUCAACAAAUUACUGAACGUAAGAGAAUAUUGUUUAAACUAAUACAGUGUAACGAGAUGUCUAAGGUGUUGUAUACUACUGUACGCUAAUGUGACUGUGGCCCCCAGAUAGUGGCACCAGAUUACUUCUCUCAUGACAAAGCCUUCAUGCAGUAGGUAGCUGAGCUAAGCAGUUUAUGUAGUUUAAUUUGGGUUUUUACUGAUUUUGUUUUGGUUUAGAAAAAUGCUCUUGUUAAAGUUACUGUAUGUAUCUUGAAAGUUCUCAUCAUUACUGCCAAACAAGAUACAACUUGGCUACAUCAUAAUUUGUCAUGCAAUUUUCACUUGAUUACUCCCAGAAGGUUACUAUACUGUAGUAAGUUAUAAAAAUCUGUCCUCUUCGAAGUCUUACAGUUUUACCUUAAAUUUUUAUCAUUAAAAUAAAAGAAAAUAAAUAUUUUUCCUUGACAGGUUUGGUAUUCAACUUUAUAAGAUUGUUAUGUAUUUUAGAAAAAAAUAAAUAUGAAUAUUUUCUUCAUAAGUACCAUAACCUAAGUAAAAUAAUGGUGUGCAUAAUAUUCAUAUUAAACUCUGUAAAGUACUACUUGGACCAAUUCCAAGGUGAGAAUAAUCCAAUCUGAUAUUAAAACUGUACGGAAAUUAUGUGAAAUUAAUUUGUUAGAAAUAAAUAUUUGUUCAGA